GAUAUUCUCAAGAAAAGCUUGCAUAUUGUAACUGUAAUAUUAUAUAACAAAGUUCAUUGCCCCCCUCUCAUCCUUGCUGACUUUUCCUCCGCUCCGCCCAGUUGACAGCAUAUAAUGACAGGAAAAAGAAAGUUGUACCCAAAACAUCUCCCUGGAGAUAGGCGUUGAUCUCAGAACCUUCUGCGGAUUUUGAGAAGUUUUGCGUUGGAGAGCUGUGCAUAAGCCGGAGAUAACAGAACCCUUGUCAAUGGAGGUGUUUAAUUUUGGUUGGUCUCUGCGGAUUUUGUUUCUUUUAACAUUUCACGGUUUUGUCUGCUUUGUGUUGGUUGGCAAGGGUGUCCAAGCUCAAGCUACCACGAGCACUGACCCAGCUGAUGCUAGUGCUUUUAGAAGCAUAUCACGACAAUGGAGUCUUCAAUCCUCUGCUUCGUGGAAUCUAACCGAACCAUGCACCGGGACUGCCGUCGAUUCCACUGACAUAGAGAGCGGGCUGGGCAACUAUGCAAUCAAGUGUAACUGCAGCGUUAAUAACGGCACCAUUUGCCGUAUAACUAAAUUGAAAGUUUUCGGUGAGAGUGUGAAUAGCAGUAUACCGGAAGCCCUGUGGAACCUUACUGCCCUGAGUUAUCUGAAUCUGGGUCAGAAUAUGUUAACAGGGACGUUGUCUCCAUCGAUUGGGAAUUUAACGUCCAUGCAGUCCCUGAGACUUGGCCCAAACAGUUUUUCUGGCAGCCUACCGUCUGAACUCGGGAACUUACUUAAUCUGCAGGAGCUAUACAUUGAUAGUGCUGGAGUUAGUGGUCCAAUUCCUUCAACUUUCAUUAAACUGCAGAACAUGCAGACAUUGUGGGCAUUUGACAACCAAUUCACUGGAAAGAUACCUGAUUUCAUUGGCAAGUGGACAAAACUUACCACGUUGAGGCUGCAAGGGAAUUCUUUCGAAGGUCCAAUACCUUCUAGCUUUUCAAAUUUGACUUCAAUGGCUGACCUGCGGAUAAGUGAAUUAUCAAAUGGUAGUUCUUCUUUGUCAUUCAUCAAAAAUAUGAAGUCGUUAAAGACACUGGUUUUGAGAAAUAAUAUGAUGUCUGGUACUUUUCCUGCUGAUAUUUGGGAUCUUCAAAACUUACGGAUCCUAGACUUAAGCUUCAACAGCUUUACUGGUCAGCUGCCAUCUUCCCUCUUCAGUAUGAGUUCACUUUCUCACUUGUUCUUGGGGAACAAUCUGUUAUCUGGUUCUGUGCCUUCACAAAAAAGUUCAUCUCUGCUGAACAUUGACUUGUCGUACAACAAUAUGACGGGAAGCUUACCUUCUUGGUUUAAUCAAACAAAUUUGCAAGUAAAUUUGGUGGGCAAUUCUUUUAGUUCUAAUAUCAGUGGCCUGCCUUCAGGUUUGUACUGUCUUCAGAAGAGCUUCCCAUGUCACAUAAACCCUCCCUAUUCUUCCUUUGCAGUAAAUUGUGGUGGCCUUGACAUUAAAUCCGGGACUCUGGGCACACUAUUUGAAAGAGACAAUGCAUCUCUAAAUGCUUCAUCCUAUUUUACUACUGAGACAAAGAAGUGGGCUGUCAGUAGCAAUGGGGUGUUUAUUGACAUCGACAAUCCUCAAUAUAUCCUAAACAGCCAGUCACAGUUUACCAACACUUUAGACUCUGAGUUAUUCCAAACGGCAAGGGCAUCGCCUGGAUCAUUGCGAUACUAUGGCCUGGGUCUUGAAAAUGGGAACUAUACGGUACAGCUAGAAUUUGCUGAGACAACUAUCCAAGGUUCUGUUGGCAGGCGUCUUUUUGACAUCCACAUUCAGGGUAACCUGGCAAAGAAAGACUUUGACAUAACAAAGCAAGCAGGCGGUACCUAUUUAAGAUCUGUUUCAUUGAACUACACGGCAAAUGUAUCUCAAAAUUUCCUUGAAAUCCACUUCUUCUGGGCUGGAAAAGGAACUUGUUGUAUUCCAGUAGCAGGCACUUAUGGACCAACUGUUUCAGCAAUUAGUGUAACCCCAGACUUUAUACCAGAAAGUAGCCCCUCAUCAAAUCCUCCCCCCCAAAAGAGCAGAACUGGACUAGUUGUUGGGACUGUUGCGGCUGUCAUAGUGGCAAUUGGAAUCACGGUCAUCAUUUCAGUUCUUUUUCUAAAGCAAAGAAAGAAAAAACUCCUCUUGGCAUCUGCAGAUGAAGAGCUUUUGGUAACGGGUGCAAGACCAAACACAUUUAGCUAUGCUGAACUGAAGACCGCAACUGAAGACUUCAACCCUGCAAAUAAAUUGGGACAAGGGGGUUUUGGAACAGUUUAUAAGGGCUCUCUUGCUGAUGGGAAGGUAGUUGCUGUAAAGCGUCUCUCGGCUGCAUCUCAACAGGGAAGGAGUCAGUUUCUUACAGAGAUUGCUGCCAUAUCUGCAGUGCAGCACCGGAAUCUUGUAAAAUUGUACGGAUGCUGCCUUGAGGGAGAUCAACGUCUUUUGGUGUAUGAGUAUCUUGAAAACAAAAGCCUGGACCAAGCACUUUUUGGAAAAAGUGGACUUAACCUUGAUUGGCCUACUCGCUAUGAAAUCUGCCUGGGCACAGCUCAGGGGCUUGCUUAUCUUCAUGAAGAGUCAAGGAUAAGGAUUGUGCACAGAGAUGUGAAAGCAAGUAAUAUACUGCUUGAUGCCGAGCUUAGCCCAAAGAUCUCUGAUUUUGGUUUAGCAAAGCUCUAUGAUGAUAAGAAGACUCAUAUUAGUACAAGAGUUGCUGGAACGAUUGGAUAUCUUGCACCAGAGUAUGCAAUGCGUGGGCACCUAACAGAGAAAGCAGACGUUUUUGGAUUUGGUGUUGUCAUGCUUGAAAUCCUCAGUGGAAGGCCCAAUGCAGACACAAGCUUGGAUAGAAGCAAGAUUUAUUUACUAGAAUGGGCCUGGCAUUUACAUGAAAGCAACUCUGAGUUGGACUUGGUGGACAAGUUUCUUACAGAUUUUAAUGAGAAAGAAGCUCUUAGAUUGAUUGGAGUUGCAUUACUGUGCACACAAGCAUCUCCAGGACUUCGACCACCCAUGUCCCGUGUGGUAGCCAUGAUAUCAGGUGACAUAGACGUAAACCCAGUGAUGUCAAGACCUGGAUAUUUGACUGAUUGGGAUUUCGAUGACACAAGCAACUUCAUCAGCAAUGUCACUUCUACUUCUGCAACUUCUAAACUUGAAGAUGGUCACACUCAAUCAAUUACAACAUCAGACGCGGGAGUGUCACAUUAUGUGCCCCUUACUGAUGAGCAGGCUGCCCUGCAUGAUCUUGUUGGAGAUGGAAGAUGAUAGUUUCUUUCCUUAGGUGUAGAUUGAUCAGAAUGUAUUAUCAUGCAUACUUUGAAUUUUGUGUUUUCCUUUUUUAGUUUUUUAGUAAAAGCAUUUUCAGCUGAAUGUUAUCCUCAUCUGAUAAUAUGUGCUAUAACUUUAUGAUAGGUUUCGCAAAAUAUAUAGUAAAAUCUUGAAUGGUA